AUGUUCUCAUACAAGUCUCUUGGUUCUCAAAUCACAGCAUCUACUCUGUACGCAGACGAGACAUCGACUUCAUCGUCCAGUUCAAGAACUGGCUCAGCUUCAUCUGGUACUGGAAGUACUACCACCACAACUUCGGCCUCGAAAGGUUCCACAAGUCUUGCUACCCUGCUAGUUGGUGGAGGAGGUAUCGUGACUCAGAGCAUCAUCAACGGAACCGUCACUCUGAGCUCGCACUUGAACUCGACCCGCACCUCGUCUGCCAGCGGCACUGGUACAGGCACCAGCAGCAGUGCCCAGCCUACUAACACUACACCUUGCAACAACUACCCCGAGUUCUGCAACCGCAAGUAUGGCAACAUCACUGAGGUCGUCGCUCACAACGCCGCAUUCAACCAGAGAGGAAACCUUGCAUCCAACCAGGACCGCUCUGUCACUGUUCAGCUCAACGAUGGUAUUCGCAUGAUUCAAGGCGAGACCCACUACGUGAACGGCUCCAUUUACAGUUGCCACACAAGCUGCGACCUCCUCAAUGCCGGAACUUAUCUCAGCGAGCUCAACGAAGUCGCCGCCUGGGUUCGCGACCAUCCUUACGAUGUCGUGACCCUCCUGAUCGUCAACAGCGAUUUCAUCGAGCCCGGAAACUACAGCAACGUUCUCCAGCAGUCCGACCUGGCUGACUACCUCUAUGAGCCUCCAUACAUUCCUAUGCGUCUGGACCAGUGGCCUACCCUUUCUGAGAUGAUUCUGUCUCAGAAGCGUGUUGUCGCCUUCAUGGAUUACAAUGCAGACCAAACAAAGUACCCCUACCUCCUUGAUGAGUUCACUCACAUGUGGGAAACUCCCUUCUCGCCCACCGACCGUGCCUUCCCUUGCACCACUCAGCGUCCCCCGGAUCUUGACCAGAAGGCCGCCAGAAAUGAUUUGAUGUACCUUGCCAACCACAACCUCAACACAAACGUUGCUCUCUUUGGCCAAUCCAUCUUGAUUCCUAACUCAGCCGAGCUCAACGUCACCAACGCCGCUACAAUUGAGUAUGGUUCUCUUGGAGCCGCCAACGAGAACUGCACUGAAACAUGGAACCGUCCUCCCACUUGGCUGUUGGUCGACUACUAUGAUUUCGGUGACGGCUCUGUCUUCGAGGUCGCCGCCAAAGCCAACGGUGUCACUUACAACCGUGCUUGCUGCGGUGCUACUUCCACCUCUGCUGCCGCUAAUGUCAAGGGCUCCGCUUUGGCAUUGCUUGUGGCUCUCAUUGCCGCCCUCGGCAUCAGCAUGUAA